GGGUGGAAAGCUCAAUCUUGAUCGGAAAUGGCGGGGCCUUCUAUUCUCCCAUCCCCAGCACCGGUGUGUUUUUCUGCCGAAGGCGGUGACACUUUUGGCCAAUGACGUGACCCCCGAUAAGCAUUUCUUAUCGCAGCUCUACACUUUGUCACUGCGCCCGACAUGUGGUUGCCGUGUGCAUCAGCGGCUGCUUCCAGAAAAAUCCACCUGCCAGAAAAAACAUCGUCAACCAGAAUUGCAUGAAUUGCAACGUCGCAACAGAUUCAGUCUAUUCUAGGAACUGUUGAUGCAACUACUGAGUGCUUAAUAACUUUCUCAACACUCACAACAACUUAUUCGCGACCCCAUCAACGCCCCUGUUUCCCGUGUUUUUCUUCUCUCACGGUCUCUAUUGUUCUCUCUCGCCCACCAUGUCUAUGUCUGCCCCUCCUCAACUGAUCCACAUCAAGAGGAAGCGGGGCGACGAAGAUGCUCCGGUAACCUACCUUCAACUCGAACCGGGAUCUAAACGACAUCUAGCCGGCAGCAGCUGGGUCUACCAGAGGCGUCUCGCCAAAGCAAGCGCCAGAUCCGCUGCCGCUGCCGCCGCGGCAGCACAGCACCCAUCGCAACCCUUCAUACCGGUCAUCCAGACGUCGAAGCCCGGCGACGAGAUCUCGAGCCCACAUCGCCCUCCUCACUCUAGUAGCCAUGCUCUCCCGACAGGAAAGGCAGCGGCAGCCGUGCCGCCACCCCGGACCCAACUCGACGCGCAGAAGCCACUACCGCAGACCGCCUCCGAUCUGCAACGCCCUCAGAACCCCGCCACCGAGCCGAGACGAUUCCACAUGUCCAGGUCGGCCAUGAGCUCGCCUGGAGGCAGCACGAUACUCAAGGCCGGCGGUGUCUCCAAGCGAGGACGCUACGGGACGGCCGUCUUCGUAGAGCGGGGGAAGAAGAAGAGCGCACGCCGGGCCGCCACGUCGUCCGGCGGCACCACGCCGACAACGACGACCGCAGAAGGGCUUCCUGUUGACGUCGAGAUGAAGGAGGAUGAUAAGCGGGCGCCGAAGAAGCCCCUUGCCAGACGGCCCCCUCCAUCGCGAGAAGCCUCCGGGACGACAGCGACGAAGACGCCUGACGCUGAACCGCAGCGCAAACCCAUGCCCGGCGUAGCUCCUACCCAGGACAUGAGCAGGAUUGCGGCCGACAUGGACCAGUGGGUCCUCCACGAGAUCGGACUGAAUCUAAAGGCCAUGGAGCAGCAGCCGCCGCGCUCACCGUCCGCCGUUGCGUCGCCUUCACGCUUCAAGCCCAAGGCGCCAGCUAAACGCUUUGCCGAGCGUCAUCCCGAAAUGGUCAAGAAGCUCGACGGCGGCGGCGACGAAGCCAUGGCGGAGGCGAGCGACGAAGAGGACGAGAGCGACGACGACUACGUCAUUGAGGUGUACGAGCUCGCGCCCUCGAAGCCGGUGUUGGCGGAGAUUCCGCCCGAGCAGAUUGGUGUGCUCAGGUUCGAUUCGCAGGAAGACUUGGAGCUGUUCUACGGCAACGAGGAUGAUGAUUCGGACCUCGACGACGAUGAGGACGAAAAUGCUGAGAACCACUACACGGCGGAUUACCCCGAAGACGAGGUCGAUUCCGAGGACGAGUACGACCGCCACGCCUACUUGUUCCGCAACGCCAACGCUUCGGACGAGGAGGAGUUUGACACGCGCGACCCGUACGAGGACGAGGACGACGAUAUGUACGUCAUGGAGGGUGAUGAGCGGCGCGAUGAGGAUGAUGUCUUCCAGGACAAGAUUCGGCGGUACAUUCGCCAGCACGGCGACCAGUAAGGUGUUGACGCCGUUGAGCAGUGAGGUGUACUAGGGAAACCUUGAGGCUACGAACGACCAAGGCAGCUUCUUAGGUGCAAGUCAUGUUCACAUUGCGUGACUACCAAAAUCAAUUCUUUGGUCUGGAGAGAACUGUGUAAUGAGGACUGUGUGAUGUGUGCAUUUGAAGUAGCCUAUUUAUCCAACCUUGGAAUGGACAUGGGAGAAAGUGUUUUCCUCCACGUAAGUACAUAGGUAAAAUCCUCAAUUCCACCCAGAAAGACCCCUGAAAAAGGCCAAUACCUCCUAUCCCAGUUCCCGUACGCCAGCCGUUAAGAGAAAGAGUACAGAAUAUGCUGCAUGAAAGCGCCUUGUUGAUGCGAGACGCCGGUUUCAAUCCGUUCCACGGGCUUGAAGAUGAUGCAUCCCAGAUCUAGUAAUGGGAGUAAGAGUGUCGCGCGCGCGUGUGUGUGUGUGUGUGUGUGU